AUGGCCGAAGCUCUGAGGGAGUUGCUGGCCCCCGAACAGACAAACGAUCCAGCUGCCCUGGAAUAUCUAACAUACCUUGCCGAGCAACAGUCCAGCUUUUUGCAAACAUCGGAACCCCAGGUCCUAUCUCAGACGUCGCAUUCUCUACUCCUCGCUAUACAAGCGCUUUCGAAAAGAUCCCAUAAGCCCAUCGUCGAUUCAGCAGCCAGUCAUGCUUCCUUGAGAGACUCUCUCCCGACUCUAGCUCAGCGAGCUUCCGAUCUCGUCCAAGCAGUACCUCGUCUAGAUGCCCAGGCUGAGCACUUCUCGUCGGCCUUUGGCAAGGCUAGCGACAGCAAGCUACUUGCACGAAGAAAACAGGCUCUGCUGCUACUUCGAAACUCCGAACGACUGGUCGAUGUUAUGGAGAUGCCCUUACUUCUCUCGUCUGCUGUUUCAACCGCCCCAGUCAAUCAUUCCACCACGCUCGAGCUCUACGCGCAUGUCCGCCGUCUUGCUUCCCUCUACCCAGAUUCACCGCUCGUAACAUCGGUAAUGGAAGAGGCAGAUGCUGCUAUUCGGCAAAUGGCAGCAGACCUCAUUGGAACACUCAGGGCGCCAAACCUCAAGCUCGCUGCAGCUGUCAGAACCAUGGGCUGGCUGAAACGCAUUGUCCCCGAUCUUGUCACCGACGCCUCGACAGAAGAUGCACUUCCAGCUGUCUUUUUGGUCUGCCGCCUAUCUACACUUUUGUCAACUUUGGAAGCACUGGAGCCUUUACGGGAUUUGGCAGAUGAGGAACGGCUCCGCAAGGACAAGGCUACAACCACGUGGUCAGGCGGCCAACAGACGGAGCGAUACCUAAAGAGGUUCAUCGAGAUAUUUCGCGAGCAGAGCUUUAGCAUUGUCUCUGUGUUUAAGAGUAUAAACUCGAGCUUCUCAUCCCAGGCGACCAGCAGUGAGGACCCUCUGGGAGCCUUGCCGUCCCCGAUGGCAAAUUUCCCUUUGCACAUGGUUGAGAUGCUCGUGGAAACACUGCGCACCUACCUUCCCACUGUCAAAGAUCAGACAUCUAGAGAGAGCAUCUUGACACAGGUGCUUUACUGUGCUGGAAGUUUAGGAAGACUGGGCGCUGACUUUGGCCUGCUCCUCGCUUCGAUCGGCGGCGUUGAAUGGGUUGAGCUUGUCAAACGCCAUCGUCUCUUGGCCGGACGUCUUGAAUCUGUUAUAGGUGAUUAUCACCGGGGCAGCCAGGCUGGUACCGGCACCGGAACAGGUGGCGUUGGCGCUGGCGUAAACUGA